AGCUGAUCAGUUUGAGUCUUCCGUUGACAUUUGUAAUAAUUACUGCCAAUGUAUAUAUUGUACUGAACUUGAAAACUAUUUAAUUGCCAAGGGGUUUUAUUGUUCACACUGAUUCAAUCAUUAUUUACAGAGUUAUUGCCCUUUGAUAUAGGCUAUUUUUGUUUUUACAUUAUUUUAGCUUUACCAAAUUUUCUCAACAUCUUAAUUUUCGUUAUCGGUUUCACUAUAUGUACAGUACUAGACGACAGUAGUGAUGCAUGCAGAUCGAUACUGAUCAUAUGCUGUUUAAUUUGUUGAUAUGGUACGUGUCAUGUAUUCACGAGCGUAAAAAGUAUUGGUAACCUUGGUUUUCUAGCUCAGACUAGUGGGAAUUCCCCUUUGUUAAAUUGGUAGGAUGCACUUAUAGAUAGCGAUAUGUCACUAUAUUUUAUGCCCAAGCACACUCGGGUAAUAUGAUUUUCAUUUCAAAUUUUGCAUUUACAAUUAACAGAAAUCCCUCUGAGUUAAUUAGUAACAAUUGCCUGCAUGAUUCACAGCUUUUCUUCUUAUAAUAUUCAUUUUAUACUUAUAUCAUUAUGGGCUGUACACCAGUAAAUAUUGUAACCCUGGUAGAUACUAGCUGCGAUUACGUAGCUGCUGGACGACGGACAGACAAUUUCUGAUAGAUGGUUGUAGAGCAGUGUAGGCAGGGUAUGAAUAUUCGUUCUAGCUAGGUGGAUACUAGCCACAAUACCACUCGGCUAGAGAACAAAACCGUUACAUUAAAGAAUACAAGACUCCUAAACAAUAUGGUUUGACAGCUCUCUCUCAUAACAAAACAUUUCAAUCCACACACAUGCUAAAAUCCAGACAUGACAGCUAAAUAUAGAUUGCCUCACCUAGAGAGUUGCACAUGUACAUAAAUAAAAGUUUCAUUCACUCACAGUGCCACACCCACAAAAUAUCUAUACAGGCAUAUACAUGCUAACAAUUACAUAACUAAAAGUGAAACAUGUGGCAAUUAAAUAUUUAAAAUUAUAUUGAUAAAUUCAUUAAUUCAGUAAUGUUCUAAGAAAUGAAACUGAACUUUAGAUGACAUCAACACCAGUUAAAAAGUAAUGAAUUAUUUUCCAACUUUUCAGAUCCACAGCUGCAGGAUAUAUUGAUAGUCAUGCAUGAUUUAUGGGAAAGUUAAGUGCUAAUCCUGUGGCCUAAGGUUCAGCCAUGCAGCAAGAGGCUGUCAAGACAUUGCUGGAUAUUGUUACACCUCAUUUUUCAAGUCAUAAAGAUGCUCCCGCUGUCAAGUUUGAUGAUGGAGGGACCAUUGUGGUCUCUACAUACUCGCAGCUUCAGAAGUCAUCUGAGCAGGUCACUGCUGUCCUAAAGAGGAUAGAGGUGAAGGACGAAAUUGUUGGAAUUUGUGUCUCGCCCUCGCACAAUCUGCCUGCUGUUCUUCUCGGUGUUAUUGGAAGUGGAGCUGCGUUUUACAACUUUGAGUCAGGCUGUGAGAACAUUGUCAGCAAUGUUGUCAAGGAGAUGGGCAUCCGUGUCAUUUUGGUAGACCAAGAAAGUUUUAAGAAGGCUGAAGCUGUGUUGCUGGAGUAUAAUGCUGUGACUGUGAAUGAUGUAGGGAUGCAGGCAAUUGGCAUGAUUCUUUUCCGUCUAGAAGGACAGACACAACACAAAAUUCAGUAUAAGUACAAUGUAUUAAGCUAG